GCGAGCGAGUGGCCGGCCAACCGAUCCGAGUCAUUUAUUGGUAUACCUACAUAUUCGUUUCAGUGAGUUUGGUUCCGCUCCGGAAUGACUUUUCAAUACGUCGCUAGAGCUUGCCCGAUUCGCAUCGAAAGCGAGGACGCCGUCGCGACUGUCGGUCAGUGUGUUUAGGCUAGUGUGGAAGCCGAGCACAGACGUUUUUCCUCACACCUAUACAAGCAAAAGCAAAUCAGUGUAGGACUCCUUCGGAAAAAAGGGGAUGGUUGGUGGUGCGUUUCGAUCAGAACAGAACAAAGUUUUCCUGCGGCUGCUUCGGUCAGCAGCAACUGCUUGGCGGAGGAGAUAUUUUCUUUCGUUGUGGACAUCUCAGUAACAUCAAAGUGUUCUUCAUUUGUUUCCUGUCAAGGUGCUAACUAGUAAUAGUAUAAAAUACAGUGAUUUUUCGCGUUUUAAGAGAGGUUUUCGUAGAUUGUUCAAGCUUGCACGAUCAGCUGAUUUUUUUUACUCUUUCAAAUUCUGGAACCGAAACCGAACUGUGCGUAGCCUAAAGUCUACAGUAUUUACGUAAGCGGAUCAGUGUGUGUUUGAAGCGGCGAAGAAAGCAGUUUUGGCGAAUAACAGUUGUGUUCAUAAAUCACAUCAGUGACGUUUGCCGGAUAGUGCUGUGUUUUCGCGAGUGGAAAAUUUUAUUUGAUUGACCAUCGCUCGUUACAUAAAAGCCUUGCAUCUUUGAAAGGAAAAACAAAGUAACAGCAGGUUGACAUGCUGCCGAGGACAAUAUCAGACUAACAGAUCUAGAUUGAUUUAUAGCAACCGGCUGUCAUUCGAUGCCGAUUGCCGCAGUUCGGGGAAUCGGUGCGGUGCUGUUGCCUAGGGCGGCUGACGGAGGACGUUUUUGCCAACUCGUCAAUGCGAGCAGAGCUUGGCGGGUACGCAUGAUUGAACACUGGCCGCACAACCGCCAGUGCCAUUUGGACGAGGAGGUGACCUUCGCCGGGGGUAGCCACACGGACCCAACGGUGUUGGCUUCUAUGAGUUGUCAAUUUUGCUCAAACUUUGACGAGGACGACGACGGUGACGAGCGAGUGCAAGUGUUUCGAGGUUUGAAUUGAUACACCCGACCGACGGCCAGGAUGGGUGAGGAAAGUGUUGAGUGUAACGAGGGCAAGCUGAUCAACAAAAACGGCGGCUACAGCCCUGUCAAGCAAGUGGACAAUGGCGAUCUGAUACGAAGCGAUAGCCAGAAAAAGAUAGUGAAAAUCCAAAUCGACGAGGCACCCAACAGCACCACAACGUCUCCCAACCAUGCCCCGUACGCUAGCAGUAACGGGAAAAUCGAGGACAAAAUGCUACUGCCAAGCAGUAACGGAAUGGCUCCCGGAAAGGAUAACCACGAGGAGCUGGAGGAUGACGAUGACUACGAGCUGGUACCACCGGAUGGUGGUUGGGGAUGGCUGGUGCUAGGCGGUUCCAUGUUAGUUAACAUACUCGUACCUGGUACGAUCAAGAGCUUCGGCGUAUUGUUCGUAGAGUUUCUAGAAGCAUUCCAGGCGUCUCCGUCGGCCGCCGCGUGGAUCCCAGCGCUGUGCUAUUUCCUGUACAGCUCUCUUGGACCACUGUCGAGCAUUCUGUCGGUGAAAUACAGCUACCGGACGGUGACAAUAAUCGGUGGAACGUUUGCGGCAGCCGGCAUGAUUCUCACUUAUUGGGCUACUUCGAUCAAUUACUUGUACAUAAGCUAUGGGGUACUGGUGGGAGCGGGAGCUGGACUGUCAUUCCCACCAACCGUUUAUAUUGUGACGUCGUAUUUCGUCAGACUCAGAGGGCUUGCCAAUGGGCUGUGUAUUUCCGGAAGUGCACUUGGAUCGAUCAUUCUACCACCAGUGCUGCGGUAUUUGCUAGUCAACUUCGGCUACCGGGGAUCCUGUCUGAUCAUGGGUGCAAUCACACUGAACGUAUGGGUAGCAGCGAUAUUCUAUCAACCCGUAGAGGACCACAUGAAAAGGGUGAAAAAGGUAAAGGAUUGCGAUCAAUUGACCGGAGAUGAUACCAUCCUGGAAGAGUCAGAAACAGGUGAAGACAAGGAGGCGUCUCAAAAUCCGAAUAAGCCUGCGAUCAAGCCAAAAUUUAUGAUCCUGGAUGACGAUACUCCGCUGGCGACACCUACGUUGGAGCAUAAAUCCCCAGACAUUUUUCGAUUUAACCCUAAAAACGGACUGAUCGACAGCUUCGCAAGAAGUGUUUCAGCAGCAGCCGUUCCGGCAUCGUACCACAAAGAAGAAGGUUCUAACCGGCAUCGUAAAAUCAGCACUCCAAUCAAAGAAGAACAUCGCAAUUUAACUUUUACGAGCCAAAUGAAUGAGUCUCAAGGAUCGCAUUACCGUUUAUCUAGGCUAAAUAGCAUGCGAAGUGGUCAUAGACCCCCAAGACGAUCUCCGUCAACCAGCAGCUUCCAGUAUAUCAGUACUCCGUAUCAUGGAAGUACACUAUCUACGCAUCAACCGCGAGAGUUCGCCUCACAUCUUUCACUUAGAUCAAUUGCAGAUAGUUUUAAGCCCGCAAAAGGCGAAAAGUCCGAUGAAACCUCCAAUCGUAAAACGUUCUUUGACCUAUCACUAUUGCGCAAUCCAACAUAUCUAGUAAUUCUGAUAUCCAACUCCACUAACGCAAUUGGAUAUACCAACUUCAUUAUUCUUCUACCGGCGUACGCAAUCUCGCUAGGAUUCGAUAAGAGCCUGGCAGCUUACCUUCUGUCAAUUGUAUCAACUCUGGAUCUGGUCGGACGAAUCGGAGGAUCUGCUUUAUCGGACACCAAUCUCAUCCCGAAAACGUGGUACUUUGUUGGGGGACUCUCGAUCUCCGGUCUCGCACUGGCCGUGCUCCCGAUGGCCACAUCGUAUACCAUGGUUAGCGCAGUCUGUGCCUUGUUUGGGCUUGCAUCGGGUACUUACGUUGGAAUCACUGCCGUUAUCAUGGCGGACAUGCUGGGAACCGAACGGCUGACCUCUUCCUACGGUAUCAGUCUAUUCGUUAACGGCAUCCUGCAGCUUGUUGGGCCACCAAUCUGUGGGAUUAUAUUUGAAAGUAUCGGGCGCUACCAGCCAUUAUUCACCGCGCUCGGAUUUAUUCUGCUCGGGGGAUCUGCCCUGUGGGGUUUCAUGCCGCUGAUAUCGAGAAAUAAGCUUCGGAAAGAACAAAGAGCGGCGGAAGUUCUCCUGGAAAAGGAGAAGAGCCUGAUGGCGUAAAAAGUGUGUCUUGACCAAAGAAUCAAUCGGAGAACCAGUUUUUUUUUCGUUUUUUCGUUGUAUGGAAAAGUGUGAUAGUUUGAUGAGGGUGAAAGUAUUUAGAAUUUGUUGUAUUUCAAUCUCUAUACCUACUAAAAAGAGUGUGCUUUUAAUGGUUCUCCGAUCUGUUCAGGAGAAUUAUACGAGUGGUUAGGGCUUGACGAUUUGUCGAAAUGAAUUCUUUUCAGAACACGCAACAAACAGGUAAUCCGCCUUUCCAUCAGAUCAGUGGAAGGCAGCGGAUGCUUACUUUUAGGUCAAUAUAUUUAGGGGACAACAAGAACACAAUAUGAGUAUUAUAUUUUUAGCUAUAUACAACAACAAAAAAAAAUCAUGUAGCUGAAAUUUGCGGGAUUUUACAGCGUAUGAAUGACUAGGUUAGGCUUCAAAUAGAGACGGAACAAUCCCGUAGAGACAUAUUAGAUUUGGCAUGAGGAAGGUGUGAAAGUUGCUGUCACGAAGCACGAAAGAUUAGAUGAAUCUUGUGAGAUAUCGAAAAAAUAUGUAAAUGUUAAUAAUCAAUUUUAUCAAUGUAAUGUUUAAAUCUAUCUUUUAGCGCUAGAGAUAAUUUAGAAAAGAAACAUAGCAAUCAAAACAUCUA